UCAGGGAUGGCCGAAAGAGACGCCAUGGCGGAGCAGCAGCAGGUGGCCGACAACCCCGGCGAGUUCUCCAUCUUCAUCAAGAAUUUACAUGGCAAAGCACUGGCAGUGACAGUGUCUCCGGAUGACAGCGUGUGGGAGCUUAAGGCCAAGCUGAACGCACAGGACUCCUCCCUGAUCCCUGAGAUGGGAGUGCUGAUCUACGGCAGCAGACAAAUGGAGGACCACCUGACCCUGCGACACUAUAAAAUCACACCCAACUGCUUAUUGCACUAUAGACUAUCACUACGAGGUGGUGGUGCGGGUGUCAAAUCUGAAUUACCAGUCACAGGCUUAGCCCUAAAGAAGCUGGUGGCAGACCCUCCCAAAUUUCUGACAGCCAAGGCCUCGGGGAGCACAGAGGAGAGCUAUGACUGGCUGAACCUGGGCUCACCACUGCAGGGAAACUGCUGGCGCUGCACAGGGGAGAAUCUUCCAGAAGUGACGCCGGAGAUAACCCAAGACACUUUGAAGUACCACACCACGUACCGAGCUCACCUCCCUGGUGCAGGCGUCUUCCAGUGCUCCAUCACAGGCCUCAGCUUCGAGGUGAGGUCGGCAGUGACCAUCACCUACAGAUACAGGACCUGGACCAGGCACCUGAGCAAGGCUGCCCAGGAAAUGUGGGUGCCCGCCGGACCCCUCUUCCGCAUCGACGUGCAGCCCGGCAUCGUGCGGGCGGUGCAUCUCCCCCACUUCAUCUGCCUGGCAGAAGACAUAAAUACCAGCCUGUGUUCCAUUGCCCAUUUUAAAUCUGGGAAGAUGACCCUGGAGAGACCGACCAGAGUGGUUGCUUUCUCUGCUGUCCUGGAGAAUCCCAGCUUCUCACUACUUGGGGUGCUUUGGAGGAGGUUACGUUCAACCCUAAAUUCAUUCCCUAUGCACUCCUUGGUGCUCAUCUUCCAGCAGCUCAGUGCUGCAAACACAACUCUUCACCUCUACCUGAUCCCAGAUGACAACUCCGUGAAGCAGGCCAUUGAAAGACAAGAAAUGAAUUGGAAUUCAAAGCUUAUUCCCAAGCCUCCUCCAUUCAACCCUCUGUUCUUUGGCCGCGUUUACCAGGUGACCAGUACAAAUUCCGUGGUGAUAACACCUGAAUCACACUUGCCAUUUUGCUACAAGAGUCCAAAGGAACAGCAGCUCUUUGUUGAGAUCUACAUCAGGAACAUGGCAGAGGAAAUUGGGCUCCUUAUGACGGACACACGCAAUGACACUGUGGUCUGGAGGGCAUCACUGAGAUCAGGUGAUAUUAAUCUUCCUGCCUGUGUCUCCAAGACCUCGUCAGGUGCAGCCUUCAUGAAGCAGCACAAGACUGAGCUUUGCUCCAGGAUGAGGCAGCUCUCCACCAUUCUGCUACACUUACGGGAUGCAAACGUCAUCAACAGCGAUGAAGAAGAGGAGGUGCAAGGUCAAAAUACAAGCCAAAGGAAGAACCGAGUUUUGCUGGAGCUAGCUGAGAAGAAAGGGCUGGAGGCGCAGGAGCAGCUCUACCAGAUCCUCCGGAUGAAAGACCCCUACCUCAUCACAGACCUGGAGAAGUCCAGCUAGGCCUGGAACAGCAGACUGCUUUUGCUCCCAUGGCUCAGCUUACGGGAACAACAGAAGGGCAGUCAGGUUUACCAGCACCUGAAUCCUGACCUUUCAAUGCAAAAUCCAUGGUGCAAAGCAGCAGUAAGCCUCCUGAACCGCCUGGUCUAAGGGCUGCCUUGCUUGGCUGACUCGGUUGCCUGCAGUGGACAACCACUGUCAUGUUGGCCACUGGUGAGAAGCUGCUGGAACAAGAGACCUUGGCUCCCAAUCCAGUGCCAAUACCUCGGACCCAUCUGCCUCCCUGAGACAGGGCCUCUGCCUCUCCAGAAGCUCCAGGCAGCUGCUAGCAGAGGAGCUCCCAUCACAACAGGUACCUCCAGCUCACCCCCCCAUCCUCAGUGUCCAUGGGCACCUCUCGUGGCUGGAAGAGCAGAGCUGCUUUACUGUGCAGAGCUGUCUGCAAAGACUUACUCUCCUGUGCAAGCCACAGCAAGUCGUAGGUGUUGAUGUGAACCCAUAUCAACACCAAACCUUCCCCUCAUUUCCUUCCAGUCUAGUUUACCCAAAUGACCAAAGUUCAUUGAAAAAGCAAACAAGCAUCCUGACCCCAGCAGCAGCUGGGUGAAGAAGCCACAAAAAAUCGCAAAGAUAAGAGAUACAGGUUCACAUAUCUUCAGGGAAAGUCUGACUCAAUAGCAGACGCUUUACAUUCAAAAGAAAGCCAGCAGAUUAUUUUUAAAUCACAUCCUUCUCAUUCAUAAAGUCAGUUCCUUUCUGGAUCAUGUGGAUGCCUUCACACCAGUCAAGGCAGGAGCGGUCAGCUCUGGUGUCUAGUAUCUAAGAAGAGACUUUUUGGGUCAAGCUUGGGUGAAAUUCAGACUUGCCAAAGUGGAGACAGCAACUUCUGGAAGCUCAAAGGAGCUUCCAGGGAGCGUUGAGUGAAAUGGUCCCCACCACACGCUCCGUGGCUUUGUGGGGUGGAAAUGAGAUUGCUGCCUGAGGUGCUGCUUUAUAUUUACUCGUUCUCAUGAACACCUGGAUCGCAUAUCGCUGCUGAGCAGGUGAACCGGGGGGACCCCGGACACGGGCAGGGAGGGGUGCGGGAAUGGACCCGUGGGGACGGGAAGGGGAACCAGGAGGAACAAAGUGGGGGGGCAGAAGGGGGUAUAAAAGGGGACACUCAGGUAUAAACUGCGGCUGAGCCCAGUGCCUGGUCACCACAGCCUGUCCCAUCUUUUUAUAUUUUCUUAUUAAAUGUUUUCUUAACUA